CUAUUCCAAUCAAAACCGAAGCAAAGUGAACGGCAAUUCAUUUCUGAYACCGMCUGCAAUGGAAGGAGKAUGGAUUAUUCAUUUCGAGCUUCUCGUCGCUUUCGUUUCGCAUUAUGUUACAAUGGACUAAUUCUUCUCCUUGUACUACUAUUCAUAUCCAAAACGGUCGUCCGGGUACAGGGGUCUGGUUCCGACCUGCAGGAUCGAUGGAGUCUCCCAGAAGAUGGCCCCACGAGUUUYGAUUAUGACGAAGAUGAAACCGAUGAAGGAGCAAUCUUUUUCUUUGAAUUUCCAAUCUCGAAAGACRUCGCUACAGAUGACAACGUCGACGUGAGUUUUUACGACCAGGGCUGCCGCUACAACGACGGAGAUCCAARGGUAGAAAUUUUCAAGGGAAUUUCGGAAAAUGUCAGUUUUCGGGGGACGGAAAACACCRUUUUCGCAGAUCUGAAUAUGAGGCUAGGAACGUCCGAAACAAAUCUUCCAUCGCUGCUACAGGAAUAUCCAACGCUAUGGGACGAAGAGAAAAGCCAGAUCUCUUUCUGCGUUCGGUUCUCACUGGUGACAGACGGCAUCGAGGUGAACUUUCUUGAAACCGUCGUGAUCCUAAAGGUCAAUCUCGUGGCGGGAUUUCAAAUCAUUGACGUAUCCGUCGCGCCAAAAGAGAAAAUCGAGAGCUUUGCCGGGGUAUCCUACGAUGUCACUGCAUAUCUUUGUGGUGGAAACUACAAACCACUCGAGGAAGAAASAACUGGAUUGGUCGAAAUGCUGUAUGAGGUGUGCGAUGCAGACAACCAAAUCCAGACAAUUUCGGAGGUCACGGAAAUAACWAACACUGCGCAGGUCGGACAGGAAUACCAGCAAGAGCUUUCGGAAUCACAAAAAGUUGAAAAAGAGCCAAUUAUCUAUCCACAGGGAUCCGUAGUUAGGGUGUGCAUCCGACCCGACGACACCGUUUACGGGGAGGUUUCGAUGCGAACCAUCGAGGCUUUGGUAUUUGAGGGCACCUACACGGCCGCGAUCGAUUACCAAAUCGUGGCARCGCCACCGCUUACUACCAAGAGCAAUGGUGUGUUUACUCAGUAUGCUGUCAAAGACGGAUCAACCGACGUAUCGUUUGAUUUGUCGUACAUGUCUUGCGAAAGCAAUCGCUUAGAAGGWCACGACGAUGUUGUUGUGUGUGCGGUGGAUACGGUGCUGGUUGCGGCGUUCUUUUGGAGGACACCCGGUGUUACGGCGACCGUCACAGCCUAUGGUGUUGCCACCCUGCAGUUCGGAACUCCGGCGUCCGACGAACGAAACUUGGMAAGAACAGUUACUAGUGAACUCCAUCUGCAGUCAGGGGAGGACCGCCCCAGCCAACGCSAAGCAGAAGUCGACCUUGAAAAAAUAUGGAGCAUGGACCGUCCGAUUGUCGAYUUCUCGACGAUGCGCGAAGAGGGAGGAUUUGACUUCGACAUGGAGUACACUUUCAGUGAUGCGAUUUCCAACGAAAUGAUCCUGGUCGAGGCCUACAACAAGGAAUGCGAGCAACCGGGCGAGGAGCCCAUCGCAACUUAUCCUUUCCUCAMCAACUCACAAGCGUCUUCCGAUCUCCUGGAGGUCUCUUUUACGAAAGCCUACAAGACCGGAACCGGACAAGGCACACAAAAAGUGAAGGUAACGGCCCAAUGGAAGAGGCAGGAAAAGGGUUUUAUGCGCUCMCUCCAGGAUUCCGAAUURUAUAGCGAAAACUCGGAUGGAAGCUUCGUGCAGAUCUCCGUGUGCAUACGGUGCCARUUGCACACGUCGAGGUCCGACGGCGGGAUCGAGGUCAACUUCCUGGAAACCCCCGUGAUCCUCAACAUCGAUCUGAAGGCGGGAGUUGAUUUCGGGAUAAACUUUGGUCUCGUGCCCGAUGACGACAAGUGCCUCGCCGAGCUGCAGCGAAUGAGCGGGGGGGGAUUCGACAGCCUCUACGAGAACGCACUAUACUGGAAACCGGGUUCCAGCUCGGUCGAUCCCUCCAUGCCGAUGGGACCCUCCGUGUUUGGAUCGUAUUCGUCCCGGUACGGAACGAGCUCGUACGGCGGCUCUGGGUCCGGCUACCGGUCGUCGCACACAAGGGCCCAACCGGGAAACAAGUUUUUCGGGUCGAGGCCGUCUUCCGCCACCAGCACCGCAAGCUUGUACAUCGGAGCACGCACCACCGCAAUCGGAUUUGCGGUGUCCCUGCUGGUAGUGCUUUCACCGAUGUGAGAGCUGUCGCUAAAAUGGCCA